AUGAAUAUGCUCCUUUUUUCGUCACCCUUUUUCGGUUUUGCAGGCUGUGCUUUUGCCAUGACUUUGUCCUGUCUGGGAGCAGCAAUUGGGACCGCCAAGUCCGGUAUCGGUAUCGCUGGUAUCGGUACUUUCAAGCCGGAACUGAUCAUGAAAUCGUUGAUUCCAGUCGUUAUGAGUGGUAUCUUGGCCGUUUACGGACUGGUGGUGGCAGUUUUGAUUGCGGGAGGUUUGUCUCCCACAGAGGACUACACGCUUUUUAACGGGUUCAUGCACCUGAGCUGCGGUCUAUGUGUUGGAUUCGCAUGCUUGAGUAGUGGGUAUGCCAUUGGAAUUGUUGGCGAUGUCGGAGUUCGUAAGUACAUGCAUCAGCCCAGGCUUUUCGUGGGUAUCGUGCUGGUUUUGAUUUUUGCCGAAGUGCUGGGUCUUUACGGCAUGAUUAUCGCGCUUAUCCUCAACACCAGAAGCUCUGGUUAA